CUGAAAUCGAUUGUUUGCCGCCUAGAAAUAAUAAUAACAUUAAAAUAUUAAUAUGAAAAUAUAGAAAACACGUGAACCAAACAUCUACACAACUUCCUGCAAACCCUUAAGAAAUCAUAGAGCUUCACAGAUCCAAUGUAAGUUUGCGCGGCCAAAUAAUUCAAAUUUAAAAACCAAUUGCCAUUCACAAAGCGCGGCUUGCUGCGUAGAAAACUGGCAUACAACAACAAAAUUACUCCUAUAGAGCGGUCUGUGGAGUAGUCCAAACCAUUAGGAAUGGCCAGUUCUCGGCAUCGCAAACCGACGAAGUCAUCCCGCGUGCCGCCACAGGCCAGGGAGUACAUUACCGAAUUGGCCGAGGAUCGGGAACUGGAGCGAUUCAUGGCCUUUUCGUCAACGGCAAGCAGUGGAGCCAGCGGCAGCACCCACAGUUGUGCUCUGGGUACAGUUUUGGCGCCAGUAUUCGCCACAAUAGGCUGUAAAAGCGACAAGGAACAUAGAUCACGACCACGACCCAGUCGUAGGCGUCGCUUGAGAAGCAUGGAGUGUCCACCGGGCAAGGAAGAAGAAGAAGAGAAACUCCAAGAGCUGCCACCUUCUCCACAACCUAGUAGUCCCACCGUCAGCACCCAAUUGAAUGUAUUAAAAAACCAAGUAGCCCAGGCGGAACCCUCUGAGUACACCAUCAUUCCCAUUACGUUAACUAGUAGUUCUAUAGCUCGACCCAUGUCGGCUACACAACCUUUUUCUCUCUCCGUAGAGGACCUAAGAACACCAACCAAGCAUCAAAAAGCUAUGGAAAACAAGAAAACACAGACACCGGAGUCGGCUUUAAAGUCUCACAAGCGUUUGGAAUGGGAUCCGUCUGCCGAUGUGGGCUACUGCAAGAGGUCAGUAUCCACAAGUAACAUUAGCACAUUGGAACGAUCCGUUUUGGAGGAGUGCGGUUGGCGUCAGACCAUACAACAGCAAACCGAGACAGAAUUGGAUAAAUUGCAGCAACACGAAACGGAGUUACCAACACCAACGCAUGAUAAACCAAUGCCACCACUGGCUUCUAGUACUUUUGUCAAUGGCAGUGAUAUGCCUUUGAUCCCCACAUUGCGAUCCCUGAAGAAUUCCCUUAAAUCUAAGAAAGAGGAUUCGCAGGAGAUUUCUAACAUUCAAAAAGAUUCUCGAAACAGUUCAAAGAAAGAGUCAACUUGCGGCAGUUCCAUUACAGAAGAUAACAAUAACAGCUCCAGGAAUGCAGCUAUCCAAUAUAGCUCCAGGAAUGCAGCUACCCAAUACAGCUCCAGGAAUUCUGCUUCCCAACACAGCUCCAAGAAUGCUGCUACACAGUACAGUACAAGAGAGGGUUCACAAAGUGGCUCCAUGAAGGAAGAUUCCGUCGGCAGAUCCAAAACUCAAGAUUUAAGGCUUAGUUCCCGAGUACAAGAUCCUCAGGUCAGUUCUCGCAGAACAUCGAUGAGUAACUCGCGAAGCGAAUCUCUAAGCAGUUACAAAGGAGACAACUCUAGACGUAAUUCGCAGAAUAGCUCUAGAUUGGGAACACAGUCUGGUCCAAGAAUGGAGUUUUCACGUUCCAAUUCUAGGCGAGAAUCUAUAGCCACCACGCUGUAUGGCAGUUCAGCGGCAAGUAGCUUCGACUUUGUGCUGACCACGGCGGGACAUCAGAAAAGUCAGCAACAAGAAAAUAUGCCAAUGGAGCAGCGCAUUAAGGCUCCGCCGCAAGUGGAUCUAAAGAUCAAAUUUGACAAUGGAAAAAAGGAAACUCAGGGGAAAGAAAAAAAAAAGAUGGAAAAAGAGCUCGAACAGGAACGACGGUACAUGGCAGCUCAAAUUGAGAAGGUCCUUGACAGUCGACGGCAAGAGACCAAGGAGAACCAGCAGCCUCAGAAUUCAUCUGUUAUUCCACCCACCGCCUCAACCGGCAACAGUAUCUCCGCUGAACCAGGAAUUAGAUCAAGAUCUGGUCGACGACAAGAGACCAAGGAGAACCAGCAGCCUCAGAAUCCAUCUGUUAUUCCACCCACCACCAUAUCUGGCAACAGUUCCUCCACUGAACCAGGAAUUAGAUCAAGAUCUGGGUCCCGAGCGGAUUUAGAUUUAGGAAUCGAAUUACUGUGCCGUCUGGUGAAAACUAGCAGUCUCAGUGAAAAAAGGAAAAAUAGACUUAUUAAAAAUAUAGCCCAACGUAUUUACUUUCUAAAUUUGGAAGACUCCUGCACCAGUUCACUGAUAAGCAAUGUGUCCAGCAUCAUAAACGAGGCAUUUAAAGUUUCGACUCCUCCGCAACGUCAAGAUAUGGCAACCAAUACGUCUGAACUUGAUCAGGAAAUCUUGUCGAAGGCAGAGCCUACAACUUUACCCGUUCCUGCUCCUAGAAAACUAAGACCUGCCAUUACACCUUCACCACAGCCCAUCAGUUUCACCAAUAGUUGCUCAACCAGUGCCUCACAUGAAGUGAUCACCCAAAAGACGAAUGUGCCAGCUCGUGAAGUAGCCUCCACCUCAGCUGAACGCUCUGAACUCCAAGAGUGGCUAAAUCCGAUGACUCAAAGUGAAAUCGAGUACGAACAGCGUUUGAAGGGCGGCUUAGAUUCAGAGCGGAAGACUCAUAUCAAAUGGGUCAGUUCGGAGAUUCGACGCCUGGAAGGGCUAAAGGAAUUUUUGGUCCAAGCAGAUCCCAGUUUGCAUCGCGAUCUCAUUAAAACUCCAACAGAUAGCGAUGGCCAAAGGAAGAAAUCAAAAGCGCCGUUGGAGCAAGGAACGCAAGCUAAAACUUCUGUAGAAGCGGAAAAUCUAGGAACACAAACCACUCCACAGCCUCCAGUGAGAAUUGAAUCAGCAGGUGUGGCAGUCAGGAACCUGCCACUUACAGUAACUGUCAUUAAUCCACACACACAGCCACCGCCACCACUACCACCACAUUAUCUUGUCCAGCAAGGACCAGAGAAUCGUAAAAAGAUGGCCACUCCGAUAAUCCCAUCGUCUACAUCCACUAGCGGUGAUGGUCGCAGUGAAAGCGUUUGUUCCUUUGUCCAGCAAAGGCAGCAACGUUUUCGCGAACAUUAUCAAAACCAGCAGCAGCAACAGUUGCUGCUUCGCCAGCAACAGGAGAUCUACGAACAGCAAAAGCUACUACUCCAGCAACAGCGGCAACAGCUGCAACAGAAACAAAAUCAUUACGAACAGAAGCUCAAUCAUUAUUAUCGUAAGAAACAUUGCCCGACAUUUCAAAGGCAACAGCAGGAAAUGCAACAGCAACUCGACGAGCAAUAUAUAGUUAUGCAAUAUGCUCAAGCAUCGGGCGAUGGCUAUGCCACGGGACAAAUGGAUGGUAGCGCCGGUUAUAGCUGUGCCGAUAAUGAAAGAGCCAUCUACUAUCAGGUGGUGAAUACGCAGGAAGCAACGGUGGCCACAGAAACGACACCGAACGAGAAAGAGGCGGCGGCAACAGAAGGAUUAAAAGCAGGAGUAUCGGCAAAUGGUAGAUCUACCAGAAUCACUACCAGUAGUUCAUCAUCGUCGAUGAUGUGCAUCAGUUCGGAUAUGUCUAUACCCAUGGGCAUGGUUAACACUUGUGAGACGACCACAACGACCACGACACAUCAGUAUGAUGAUGUUGAGGUAACAACAAGAAAUCCAGAUAUCAUGCAUAGAUAUACCCUACAGGUGUGUCCACGUGGCAUCGCCUAUGUCAUUCAGUUCACACCGCCGGGCAGAAAAAAUUUGGAUGUACACUCUCUUCAGGAAUGCCUGCAGUUGGCACGUCCCAAAUUCUGUUCCGAGUCUGAGCAAAGAAAAAUCAUUCUUAGUAAAAUGCAGAUGCUCAGGAUAGAACGACGAAAAAAGAUGGAAAAUCUGCUUAAGCAAAAUAUAGACUUGGAUACACUGGACAAGCUAAUGAAUGAGCUACCACCACCUGCUACCUCGCAAUUAAGGAUAUUUACUACUAAAGAAAUGAAAGCAAUAACUAACAGACGCUGCCAAAUUUUGCCAGAAAAACUAGCUGCCGAAAGACGCAUCAAUGAAGAGCACAAGCGUAGGGCAAAUCGUAUGAUGCGGGAUGUUUUUAAUAAGCGCCAUCACGGUCGUGUGGUAAACGGACAGCUUUCCCUAGAUCACAGCGCCACGAUCAUUUAACGAAGACCGAUAUAACAUAGGUUUAUACAAAGAUCUAUGACAGUUCAGUAUAUAUAUAUAUAUAAAUCCUACCAGUUAAUUAAGUUUUUUACGCUGAUAGGUUUUUCAGUUUAUCACGAAUUUUGCAAACAUAAUUAUCUAUGUUGAAUUAUUGUAAGACUAGAAAAUAACGAAAUUUUUAAUGUGUUUAAAAUUAAAUAAAUGGUUUUUUGUAU